AUGUUUGUGAUUUUCUCAAUUUUGGAAGCUGCCCCAAUGUUAAAGUUAGGAUAUUCUAAAGUUUUAUUUAAUGAAAAUAAUUCGUAUAUAUUUCCAUCAAAUACAGGGGUAAAAUAUGCCAUAUUUAUCAAUAUUUCAGAAUCUAAUGUUAUAUGUAAAGCAGACUUCGAACCAGGAAGUACUUAUAUUGCUGAAAAAUCUACCAAAGGUGAAACUCCUUGCUAUGUAAUCUCCUAUCCAGCAGAUACAAAUUGCAUUAUUACAUAUAACUAUAAUCUCUUAACAGCUCAGAUACCUGGUAACACUAUAUUACUUGAAUUCUCCUCUACGUUUGUUGUAGCACAAUUUUUAGUUAAUUCAGAAGAUGCAUCCAAUGUUUUUCUAUCUACUUCAUUCGAAAUUAGUGAAAGUGAUUAUCAUGCUUCUUCAAGUAGUCCUCGCAUUGAUAUAUGCGGUGUAAAUUAUUUUUCUAUAUAUAACAAAGGUACCAGCCCUGUCAAUUGUAGCUAUUGGCCAUAUAUGAAUUAUGUUUAUGAAUACAGUAAUAUUUUUGGAACUCUUGCUUAUUCUGAUAUAUCACCUGCUUCACAUAUAGAAAGUUUCAAAUGUAUAUGUGAAGCAUUCUAUAGCCAGGUUUCUCCACAAAAUGGCUUAACAAUACAAGAUAUUUCCACAACGCCUCACGUGUUUGUUGCUUUCGAUGCAAAUGAAAUUGAUUCCAUUGUAUGUAUUGGAAAUAGUCGUGUUAUUCCAUUGAAAACUGAUGCUCUUCCCAUAGGACAAGCAAAAUACGCAAUUAUCGCAUCGGAUCAAUAUAUCAGAACAGAUUUAGCUUUUUCUCCUGAAAUAACUGUUAAAGUUUAUAAUGGAGCAACUAAGAGUGGAACACCUUCACAUAUGAGUGACUCCACAUUUGAGAGUUUUUGUAAUCUUCUUGAAAUCACAAAAAUGACUGAUAUUCCAUCUAAUAGAACAUAUAUACAAGGUAUAAUGGGAUCAAAUUAUCAAUAUGAAAAUUCUCUUGACUCCGCUACUCUAUAUGGAACUCUCUUCGAUACUGCAUUAACUACGAAUUACAUUUUUUUAUCCACCAGUUAUUAUAAUAGCUAUAGCCCAGGACCUUUUUAUACAAGGAGCAAUUACAUGUACCUUUUCCAGCCAGGGCAUGCUGCGUUUUACAGAACAUAUGAGGAAGUAAAGAUUUUAUAUACUACAAAUGUUUUCUCACAACCCUAUGAUGGUAAUCAAUUAUUCAUUUCCAGCUCUUUGUAUGAUAAUUCACUCAUUCUUUCAGGAAAUAUCACUGACGCUAAAAUGAUUGAUGCUCAAUCAUAUUUUUAUUCUAUUAUUUACUACAACUUUGAAGAUGUAAUUGUUAACCUCUUUGCUGAGGAAUCAUUUUAUUAUGGUAGUUCUACAUCAGGAUAUAUUUAUACUAAUCAAUUAUUUUACCACGAAAUUGUAGUUCCUCCGGGGAAGAUCGCUGGAUUCAUUUCAUCUACAUAUUCAGGCAAUACAAUUCAUGCACCAGAAGGUGGGCUUUCAGGCUCCAUCGCCACAAAUAUUUAUCCACUAUUGUAUAGAAAGACAUUAAUCACUAUUACAGAUAGCGUAAUAGUUGUAGCUCCAUCAAGUGAAUACAAUUUAUUUGUUGCAGUUUUCGUAAAUCCAGGAAACUUCCAAGUAAAUGGAGAACCUCUUAAAACCGUUAUCAUUAACCCAUCAAAGAUGGAAAUUACUGGUUCUGGAAUAUUAGAAAGCUCAUUACUUAAUGUUCCAGAAACAACAUAUUUAUCAGUUGUUGUCAAUAUGGAUAAAGCUCACUACAUAAUCAAUCCACCAGAUGAUCUUACUCAAAAGUAUGUAUUUAUAUUAGUAUCUUCAAAAAGUUUCAAAUACAAUUUUCAUAUGGGAAAUAAGGUAAGUUUUACCUACUACACUGGAGAUGGUACUUCAGCUGGUUCUGAUAGAUUCUUCUCUUCAACAUACACAGAUCCGAUUUAUGGUGUACUCACUUUCGAUCAAGGAGCAGGUGUUUCCUAUCUUGAUUGCAUCGCUCAAGAGCCUAUUCCUACAGAGGCAUCUAAAUUUGUGGGUCCUGCAGGUGAUGGUUUCAUUAAUUUCCUCACUGGACCUGAAGCUACAAUCGCAGCAGUUGAAAUUGCUUUUCCAGUUCAUUAUUUUUAUAUGGCAAAACUUUAA